UGCCCCUCCCAUUUGUAAAUGCCUAGGAAAGGGAACUUAUCAUUCAUCCUGUUUGAAUUUGUUUGACCACAACAAGAUCACUCACGGUUGAAGAGCUGAGACUCUGCCUGCUUUCCGCUUGCUGCAGCUUUUGCACAGGAUGGCUAUGAAAACAUUGGGGUGCAUUGCAGAAAUAUAAGUUUUUAUCUUCUCCCUGGUAAACAGGAAGAAUGGGUCCUAUAGUUAAAGCUCUGGACAGAGACUCUGCACAUUUAGGUUCUCUCUUGCCCCAGUUGUCCUAGGGGAUCUUGGAUGGCCGAUCUCACUCUCAAAUCCACUACCUACAGUGACCAGAAAUGGAGAAAAAUAUGGGACCCAUUUUGGAUUAAUAAAAAAAGACUGCUGGACAAGAAUGAAGAGAAGAUAAGGAGAGAACAGUCUAGUCUGGCCAGACUUGAGGGCUCAGGACAUGGUCAUCUUUCAAAUGAAUGGAGAAAUCAGGUAUGGCUUUCAAGGUAUCCAGAAUAUUUAUUUGCCUUAUAGCAGUUGCAUCUUUUUUGUGUCUCUGUUUUUACAUCACCCUCAACUGGAGUGAUAUCUGCAUACUGUGUCCAAAGGGGGAAGUGGUUUUAUCACUGACUCAUUUUAAAAAAGACACUGAACAGUUCCUGCAGCUGCCAGAUAUAGACUGCAGUAAGAAUCCUCCAUUCCUAGUACUACUUGUGACAUCAUCAUGUGACCAGAAAGAAGCUAGGUUGGCUAUCCGUCAAACAUGGGGGAAGGAGAGACUAAUCGCUGGGAAACGAAUUAUAACAUUUUUCCUCCUUGGAACCACUGAGCAUCAAGAUGAGCAAACUGAUGUUCUCGUUGAAAGCCAGGCAUACAAAGACAUUAUCCAGAAGGGUUUCAUAGAUACAUAUUAUAAUUUGACUUUGAAAACAAUGAUGGGAAUGGAAUGGGUUCACAAAUUCUGUCAGCAGUCCAGUUUUGUUAUGAAAACUGAUACAGAUGUAUUUGUCAAUGUCUUUUACUUGACUGAACUUCUUUUGAGAAAAAACAAAAGCUCUAGCUUCUUUACAGGGUUUUUAAAAAUGAAUGAGCGCCCAAUACGACAGGUGUUUAGUAAGUGGUAUGUGAGUAAAUACGAAUAUCCUGGAAGCACUUAUCCUCCAUUUUGUUCUGGGACUGGUUAUGUUUUUUCUACUGAUGUUGCUAGUCAGGUUCUUAAUAUUUCAGGAAGCGUUCCCUUUCUUAAACUAGAGGAUGUUUACAUAGGACUGUGCCUAGCCAAACUACAAAUCAAACUGGAGGAACUUAAUUCAAAACAGACAUUCUUUCCAAUCAAGCUUGAGUUCUCACUUUGUGGCUUUGUGACUUGCCACUUCAUUACACCUCAUGAACAGCGGGACUAUUGGUCUCAAUUAGAGAAAUCAGUAGAUAAUAUGCCCAGCUGCUUGACAUAGCUGAAACAAGAAACUGACACACAAAAAUCCAGAGGGCCAGUCUUUUCCCAGGCAAAACUCUUCCUGAUAUCAGGACACGGACCCAUUCACUGAAGAAGACAUUAAAUAUUUCUGUUGGCGUUUUUGUUACCUCCAUACCUGUCUAGGAAUGUGAAAAUCUCCAUCUCACACUUCGCAAUUUUGCUUUUCUUUAUUUGCAAGCACUUUGUUUUCUUUCAGGGUUUAAGUGAAUGUGACUGCUCUGCUCUGCUCUGUCUGCACACCAGCAUCACCAGCAACAGGUCCAAGAAUGACUAGUGAUAUUGUAUAUAGACAAAUAAGCAGAUACUUCAGAGAUAAUUUGUGUGUGUUUGAGGGUGGGUGGUGGAGGCUAAAAAUGUUUACAGGCCAAAAGGAUAUUCCCACAUUUCCUGACAGGCCACACUCCUGCAAUAGACUUGCAUACAGCCCUACUGAAAUCCACAAGGCUUUGCUCAGAUGCAAGGAUAUGCCUAUGCAGAGCUCAUUGCAAGACCUUAGCCUUUGGAAUGGUGGGUUAGCUCAAGAGCCUUUAAGGACACCAGAUUUGUUUUCUAGGCACACUCCAUACUGAAAAUCAAGCACACAAAGCUUUUUCCAAAGUCCAGUGGAAAGAGUCCCACUCACUUCCAUUGACUUGGAUUAGUUCUAGAAAGGAUUUUAUGAAUCCAGGGAUCACUGUCACAGCUAUCGCCUUCUGAGCAUUGUAACAUAUUUUCUUAUGUAUAACCUAUUCUUGAAUAUAACAUACACGCUGUUUUUUAAAAGGUAAUAUGUAGUAAAAAGGGUCUAGGGACCUGAGCCUGCUGCCAGCCCCGGGUGCUGGAUGGGGCUCAUGGACCAAUCCAGCAUGGUGGGUUUGGGGCUAUGUACCAGGUCUGACCCCACAUGGUAGGUCUGGGACUGUGUGACAGGCCUGAUCUGACACAAUGGGUUUGAAUCCAUGUGGCAGGUCUGGGACUGCACAGCCUGAGGGCAUAGCCAGUUUGGGACUGCAUA